GGAUGGGAGAUGGAAGGAUGGAGAGAGCUCCUGUGCUGAUUCAGAGAAAAGCGAUGGGAGACGGGUCCUCGGAAACUGGAAAGAUAGAAACUUAUCCAGAAUCUUACAAAGAGAAAACGUAGUGAAACUUCAAACCCAGGACAAUCAGAGUGCACAGGAGCAGUGAGGACAGGCACUCGUGAACAUGCCUCUAGGAGGCCUGGGCACCCGGCCAAGGCAGCUGGAGUGGGAGCUGGGUCCAAGCGGCAGCAGCAGAAGGGCCCCACCAGCCUGCUGGUCCUGUCCCUAAGGGCUGAUUUAAGAAUCAAAUAAAAUGAAGCGUUCCUAAGGAGUGCAGAGGUGCUGCUAUGGCUUCCAGUGGGGCCGGGGUGACUGCUGCGGGCUCAGCAAAUGAAGCUCCCGAAAUUCCAGACAAGGUGGGGGACUGGCUUCGGGGUGUCUACCGCUUCGCCACCGACAGGAAUGACUUCCAGAGGAAACUGAUUCUCAAUUUGGGACUCUUUGCUGCUGGAGUUUGGCUGGCCAGAAAUCUGAGUGACAUUGACCUAAUGACACCUCAGCCUGGGGUCUAGCCUGUGAAGACACAUGGAACCCCUGUGCUGUACUAGACCCCUUCAAAAACAGCCUCCAAUCUGUGACCAUCACAAGACUUGCCCUGAUGGGGGCUGAAGUUUGAUUCAGAUGGCACCUUCCCUUCCCUUCCCUGCCUGACUUCCUUUUCUUUGCUGAGUCCACUCAGGAAACAG